CAUAAGCUAGUCUCCAAAAAUGGAACUCCCGCAUUCAACUAUCCGGUUCUGCUGUCCUCAAGGCCAAAUGAAUGCUAUGGAAUUCCACAGAACCAUCAGGCACUACACUCGUGGUCAAAUUACAUUGAAGAAUGCCCCUUGACAGCUCUGACCCGAUACUGGCCAAGCUACACACACGCCUCGAGCUCUCUUCACCGAGCUGAUCUACACCAUACUCAGGCUUAGGCUGACAUUUGCACGGUUAGCAGGAAACCGUGAUUCAAAGUUUUCACCGAGGGGUGCAUUCCGAUCGACUGAUUUUCGACUCACGAUAUUCGAUAUCCCUUCCCCCUGUCUCUUCUUCAUUGCGACGUCUCAAUACAAAGGUUUCUCGAUUAUUGCGCUUCAGGGCCCGCAAUGGGGGAUGAUCUUCUAGACUUCGUCAUCAACCAUGUGUUCAUGCCUCCCAAGUUGCCCCAAGAGGCGGAUGAGAGUCCGGAGCGCAUAGAUUUUCUUUUGUCAACUAUUCGCAAGAGCAUGAAGCUUUACAAACAGCA